AUGGCGUCGCCACUUUUGCACAUCACAGGGGAACGAGAGGCGGCGCUGAUCGCAGAUCCGUUGUUUCGGUGCCAAAACAUGAACGAACUGCAGUUUCAGACGAUCACAGAAACGCCAACCUUACUGAAGCACUACCCGUCUGACAUGGAGUGUAGAGCAAUGUCAGAACUGUCGGCCUGUUUUAUCUGGACGUUCAACUUCCGAUGUAGGUUCUAUCGCAUUAUCGCACUGUUCGAGGUCGAGUGA